AAAACUAUAUAUCGAUAUAUGGAUUGCACAGAUAGCGGAGUCUUUAAAAAUUAUGCAAAAUAGAAAUUUGUCAACUAUUAGCAACUGCUUUCCACUAGUUUGCCGGGCCAUACAAACACAAUGCGGAAUUCUGCAGCAGGGACCAGUGGCCAGGUACGAGCUGGUCGAGCUCCUCAGGCAAUUAAAUGGCAAAGAAAGGCUAUUGGCAUCCAAGUACUAUUGCCAGCUACCAGCGAAUGUGGGCAGCUUUCGGGUUCUACUUCAGCUGCAACAAUUGCGGAUCCUCACCGCCACGGAGUACAUCUUAAGCAAGGAACACUCGGAGCAGCUCCAGGUGGAUUUGAUUAUAUUUCUGGAAACUGAGUUCGAGCUCCUGGCAAAUCUCUUUGUAUCUGCGGCCUAUGAUGCUGAGUCUGGAAUGAAGCUGUCGGCUAUAUUGACAGACGCCCUGGGCAACCUUUUUGCCGGUCUCGUGGCCGAUCCGAAGAUAAGCAGCCUGCGCUACGUCGAGCCGCUAUGCAGAGCCCUGCCAGCUGAUGCCAUGGUCGUGUGUAUGAAUAUGCAUCUGAGCAGUCUGCUGGAACUGCACCAGGCUGAAGACAUCAAAGAGGCAUUUGCCAGCUUUAGCGCCUGGAUCAAUGAGGGAGUGGACGAACUAACCUUUGUGAAGCACAUCUGUGAAAAGCUCUUUGCCAGCCACCACCAGGAAGCCCUCCAAGUGCUGUUCAAGCAAUCAAACAUGGAGAACUUUAGGAACUGGAAGUUCUACCUCAUCUUGGUGCAGUCCAUAGCCAGCACCUGCAACGCGGAAACAACGGCAUUUAUUAAAAAAUACCUCAAGAGCCGAGUGCUGCACAUGGCUAGAACUGGUUGCCUGACGGCCCUCUUGCAUUUGCUGCUGACGGCGCGUGCCACGUCAGCCUGCACAAUGGACAUACACAGCAAUCUCGAUAACUACGCCAAGUGGUACAAGCAGAACAUUGGUGAAAUGUCCUACCUCCUGCGACCAGAACAUUUCCCGAUUGCCCUGGGUCUCCUGGAAGAGUCGUUGCCCUAUGAAAGCGAGCUGCAGUACUUGGAGAUCCAUGCAGCGAUUGCUCUUUCACCUGGAGGCCGCUUUGUGCAGGCGUACAAAACCAAAUGUCGAUCAUAUUUGACCCAGUUAAAAAAAGGGGAAAAGUCGCAAGGCGUCUGACAAGGCGAUCUGAGUGGUUCUGAGCCAGAGUAAUUUAUUAAUAUAGCAGCAGCUGUAAAAAGUAAAUGCUCAUGGCUAUUGGAGAGCAA